AUUCCUAAUAGACAUAAGUUAGGUGCAUUAUUAUGUAGUAAAACAAUUACUAUUAUCAUACAACGCUAAUCGCUAAAGAAGGAGUUGUUGGUAGUCAAACAAAUUCGUUGGCGAGCUGAAAAAGGCAAAAGUGGAGUCGGCGACACAAGGCGGCCGGCGGCGGCACCACAAAUUUCCGGUGAAAUCCGCCUCGCUUUUCUAAUUCGACACUAGCAUCUGCAGCUUUCCUCUCCGAUCGUCGGCGGCGGCGGCCAUGAUCGACGAUUACGACGAAUACGGUAGGAAGCCGAUCGAGGUGCGCGCGACGGAGGCGCUGGGGCUCGGCUUCGACCUCGCCAGCGAUUUCAGGCUCAAGUUCGUGAAGAGAUGCCCCGGGGGAGGCAGGCUGGUUAUUCUGGACGAACGGCGCAAGCGAGACGUCGUCGUUCCCGGCGGCGGCGUCAUACGCGAUGUGCCGGAGAGUAUACAUAUCGACAAGGGGGAUCACGUGCGCUUCAAGUCGGAUGUGCUCCAGUUCAAUCAGAUGUCAGAGCUACUUAAUCAGAAAUCAUCACUACAAGGAAAAGUCCCUUCCGGAUAUCUUAAUGCCAUUUUCGACCUGAGCGGAACCUGGUUAAAUGAUGCUGCGGAUGCCAAGUAUUUAGCGUUUGAUGGCUAUUUCAUCUCAAUUUAUCAUCUACAUCUUACUGCAUCACCACUAGAACUCCAUGACCAUGUCAAGAAGUCUGUUCCAUCUCGUUGGGAUCCAGCAUCACUGUCCAGAUUUAUCCAGACAUAUGGAACACAUAUAGUUGUUGGAAUGGCUGUUGGAGGCCAGGAUGUGCUUUGUGUGAAACAAAAGUCAUCUUCUCCAAUUCCACCAGCUGAACUCAAGGGAUAUUUAGAGGAACUCGGAGAUUGUCUAUUCUCUGAUACUAAUAAUAGUCCUAUCUUGGAGAGAACGGCAAAAGACAACCGAAGGAAGGUCCCUGAAGUAUUUAGUCGUAUGCUACAGACACAUACAAUGCAGUUCACUAGCAUAACAGAAACAUCGAGCAAGGAUGGACUCACCCUUAUUUGGUCAAAAAGAGGUGGUGACGUGUUUGCACAAAGUCACUCUAGGUGGCUCCAGACUAUGGCAGCUAAUCCGGAAGCAGUACUUUUCAAAUUUGUACCUAUUACUUCUCUGCUGAAUGGAAUCCCUGGGAGUGGCUAUCUUAGUCAUGCCAUCAACUUGUACUUGAGAUACAAACCAUCAUUAGAGGAUUUGCCAUACUUCUUGGAGUUUCAAGUUCCUACACAAUGGGCUCCCUUGUUCUGUGAGUUGCCCCUUAGACACCAAAGGAGGAAGACAUCUUUCCCCUCCUUGCAGUUUAGCUUAUUGGGUCCAAAGAUACUUGUAAGCUUUUCUCAGGUUACAAGUGAUCAAAAGCCAAUUAUUGGUCUGCGCCUGUAUUUGGAAGGUAAGAAAAGCAAUCGACUGGCAAUUCAUGUACAACAUCUGUCGAGCCUUCCAAACAUAAUGACGACGCUCUCAGCAACGCACUGGCGGGGUUCGGAUGAAUACGAAUCCUGUGAUCAGUUCUUAGAACCAGUCAGAUGGCAGAGAUAUUCGAAUGUAUGCUCAUCGGUAGUCAAGCACGAUCCUAGCUGGACACGAGGAGAAUCCCUUGGCGCCUUCAUUGUGACCGGUGCACAGCUCGUGAUCAAGGGAAAAUGGCCCAAGAAAGUUCUCCACCUCCGUCUGCUUUAUUCCCACGUCCCCAACUGCACCAUCAGAAAAACAGAAUGGGCAUCCGCACCCGAAGCAUCUCGCAAGUCCAGUUUCCUCACAAAUCUGAGCACGACGUUCACCUUCACCCAGCGGGCAGUGGCCGAUGCCAGGCAGCCCCCAGCAGCUUUGAACUCCGGCGUGUACCCGGAUGGCCCUCCGGUCCCAGUUCGCUCGACGAAGCUGCUCAAAUACGUCGAUGCCACCGAGGUUGCCCGUGGCCCGUACGACAGCCCUGGGCAUUGGUUGGUAACAGCGGCUAAGUUGGUAACUGAUGGUGGCAAAAUUGGUUUGCAAGUGAAAUUUGCUUUGUUGGAUUAUUCCCAAGAAGCGUAGUUAGUUUUCUUUUCUAAAUGAGUGUUUUUUUUUUUUCUAAUUUGUUUGGUUUUGUUAUAAAUUAUUCUUUGUCCAUAAUAAUAUUGUGAUGCUGAUAGAAAUAGAAAGAGAAACAAA